AUGAGUCUGGAGGAGAAGGAAAAGCUCCAGGGCCUCUUCUUCGAAUGUGACUGGGAGGUGCUGUCCGGUGGCGAGCAGCAGCGUUUGGCGCUGAGCCGCGCGCUCUUCCAUCGGCCUGCCUUCGCCGUGCUGGACGAGUGCACCUCCAUGGUGGCCGCAGAUGCAGAGGAGUGGCUCUACCACGCGGUGGUCCAGGCCGGGGUCACGCCCCUCACCAUGUCUCAGCGGCUCUUCUUGCCCAAGCUUCACACGCGCGAGCUGCGGCUGGGAAUGGCCAGCCCUUGCAAAUGGACCUUGGCCCAGCUGCAAAAUGGCAGUUCCUGA